AUGCGCUUGAGAGGCGGCGAACAUCCGUUAAAUUCCGGCAGAGGAAGAGGCAGCAGAUGCAGCGCAAAGGGACGAAGAAGAAUUUAACGGUUCCCGGUUGUUGAACCGCUCCAGCCUCCACGGUGCCGAUGGCUUACACAGACUGAUUUGGACUCGAGUGUGGCACCGGUCAAAUGGCUAGCUGCUUCAUUCACUUCACCAAGCCAACUCACCGCGAUGUUUAACCAACAAGCAGCUAUGUGCUAACAACUCGCCUCACCAAGGAUCAUUACUGCAUCAGUACAAAGACCCAGAGCAAUGGAGGAGGGCUCUGAGGUGAUGGAGGAUAUUGUAUUUCGAGGGGUGGAGUUUUCUGUGAAGAUCGAGGUGGACAGAGGUCUGCUGAUGGUCGAAAUCUCAGACUCCAUGACUGCGGAUCAGUGGAGGGGGGAAUUUGAUCCAGCAUACAUUGAGGACCUCACUCGGAAAACUGGCAACUUCAAGCAGUUUCCCAUUUUCUGUAGCAUGCUGGAAUCAGCUGUUAGAAAGACGAGUGACUCUGUUACACUUGACCUGUUGACCUAUGCUGACCUGGAGCUGCUCCGUAACAGAAAAGCAGGAGUGGUUAGUCGUCCUCGCGGCCAUCAACAGUCGUCUGCUCUCACUGCCAAAAGAUAUCUAAUUCUCAUAUACACUGUGGAGUUUGACAGGAUACACUACCCUUUACCCUUGCCCUAUCUGGGCAAGCCUGACCCAGCUGCCCUGCAGAAGGAGAUCAGAGCCCUCAGGGCUGAGCUCAGCGCUCUCACCUCUCAUGGAGUUAACAAAUCUGCAGAACUAGAAAUACAGCGGCUACGAACAGAGCUGGCUCUGGUAAAGGAAGAGAAAGAGGCCAUGGCCAAAGUUCUGGAGCGAGUGCAGGUGACCGCAAGUGGUUCCACCCCUGGGCGAGAGGACUGGAGGGUUAGAGAUGUGGUGAGGACGCUGGAGGAGCAGCUUGUCAAGGAGAGGGCCAAAAAUCAACGCUCUGCGAGCAAGAGAUGCCAGGAGCAGCGGCUCCUAAUGGAGCAGUUGGAGGAGCUGAGAGCAUCAGAGUGUGCUCUCCGUGUUCGUGUCAAGAGUCUCACCAGUGAACUGGCGUUACUACGGAGAGGGUUAGACAAUCUAAGCGUCAGAGUGACUCCUGUGUCCGGUCACGUCAGCUCUCGAGUCGAUGGGGAAAUCUAUCGCUCUCUCUCCCGCGAGAGGAGGUCGGGCUACGGGACAGUCAGGGCUCGCUCAGGAUCCAGAGAACGGAUACAGGAUAGAGUGCAGAGGUCAGAGGAAAGAGGAAGAAGAGCAGAUUCCUCAGGACCACGUGCUCGCAUCCCCAGGCCAUCACCCUCUCCCACUGGGUCACGAGUACCACGGUUUGACCCAACUGCGUACAUCCAGGACAGACAGCGCAGACAGAAAGAGACAGAACUCAAAAGACAGAGGAAAGUGCGGAGGGAUAUGUUGAUGUCACCCGUUCUCCCUGAGAGGGGGCGUUCGCGCUCCAGAGAGGCCUGUCCUCAGAUGGCCCGGUCUGGCAGCAGAGGCAGGAGUGUAUCUGUGGAGCGGAGAGGGAGCAGGAACUCCUCUGACAGCUCGUUAGUGGACAUGGAAGAAAUGGCCAAAACUCUGUUCAGAGGAAGAAAACAGACUUACAAUGGACCCAGUGUGUCAAGAGGAGGCCUUUUAACCAGAAAACAACUGUGCAGUACCCCAACUCAAAGAAUGAGAGACAAAGAGAGCUCCUUAGAUACAGGUGCUGAGCUGUCGGAGAUUGACGCCAGGCUGCAGGCGCUUCAGGAAUACAUGAGGGACCUGGACACAGGACAAUAACACAGCAGACUGAGGAACACGCAUCAAGCUUCAAACAUGAGCGAUGGGUUUACCUGUGUACAUGUGUUCAUGAAAGACACUAAAACUCCCUCUGGAGGGUCAGACUUACACAAGUUCAGGAAACUAUAGCCAUCACUGUGAAGGACUACUUUUUGUGGACUGAAUUUUUUUUUAUUUUUUAAAUACACCAAGUUUUUAUUAAUUAAUUUAAAAUAUGACUGUGUCUGAGUGUAGUAUUACCCUUUCUCUUUAAUGCCUCACCAAACCAACUAAACUAGUGCAUGCAUGGAAGUAAAGUUUGCCAGCACCUCAGUCUGUGAACAUUUUAUUUUCCCCCUUUACUCACUCAUCCUCCAGAUCCUUUUGUUUCUGCACACAUUCAUGUCUUGUGACAUUAUCUGGGUGCAACUGCUAAAAUGUUGGAUAUUUUGUGACUUAUUAAUUAAUUAUUUGGACCCAGUCAUGGAAAGGAAAAAUGUAAAUGUCAUUACAAUUUCCUAGAUCCCAAGGUGACAUCUUAAAGUUGCUGGUUUUGUUUGACAAACACUCCAAACAUUCAAUUUACAAUGAAAGCAACUAGUUCUCACAUUUGAAAAGCUGAAACAAUCGUCUGUGUUCAAAUUUGUUGUCAGUUAAUUUUAUCAAAUUGUUUCAGCAAUAGACUUUUUUCUACCUUUCACAACACAUUCAAGUCCACUGUGGGUGUGAAUGUGAUUGUGUGAUAGUAGGUUAACAUAUUAACCACAGACUUUUAAACCUGUGAUGGACUGUUAUUCUUCCACCCAGUGCAUGCUGGGAUACACUCCAGCUCCUGUAGCCUACCCUGAAACGCAGCGAUGGGGUAGAUAGACGAGUGACUGCGUGAUGCAUUUCACUAAAUGACUUGGAGGCUAAAUGUCACUCCUACCAAAGCCCAUUUUCCUUCUGUGUGGUUUAGUUUUUACCUUGAACUCAUCAUCAAUCGAUCCUAUUGUACGACCUUUAACUUAUUGAUCCACAUAGAGCAUUAAAAUGUUGUGUUUUCUUCUAUUUGAACCUAAGUGGACCUAGUUUUCCUUUUGAGGAUUAUCCCAAACUGAAACAUAAAACAUCUUAAAUCUUGGAUUUGUGUAACACCCAUCAAAGAUAACUUAUUACAUGGUGAUUGUGCUUUUAUGUGUAUGAACAUCAACAUCUUUUAUGAUGGUGAAACUGCCAAAUUUUGUAAAACCCUGCUGUACGUUUAUGUGCACAAAGACUGUUACUCAAAUUUAUUCCCCAGUCUAAUGCCUUUUAUACCACUUGAAAAUGUAAUUUAUGAGAAAGAUAUCCUCUGUGUAAAGACAAAUUUUUACACGUAUUCUCCUUUCCAGGCCUGUACAGUUUUGUACACACUGCUUUCCUUUGCACUAGCGUCAGCUGAAGUGGAGCCCGAGGGAAACCUUGAAGGAUUUCCACCACUGCAGCUGGUUUGGUCUCAUUAAUUAACAAAUAAACUUUUGAGCAUGGAGCCGUCCUCUCAGGGGAACAA